CAGCGGAUCCUGGAUCUCUGCGUGGCGAGCGAACUGCGCCGCGCACUUUGUGUCGAGCUCCCGCAAAACUUGAUGCUUGCCUUUCUGGAGCAAACCAGCGACGCCGCUGUGUGGACUCUGUUCAGCGCGGAGUGUAUGUUUAGCGGGGCGUGCUACGUGGCUGCUGAGCCGUGGCCUGGGGCGGCUGCCUCUGCAGAGGCUUACAUGUCAGAAUGCGGCGCGGUGAGGAUUCUAAUCGAUUUUGAGCAAGCGGAGUCUGAGCGGCAUAUAGUGCUAGAAGGCGGGAAAGUGAGCCUGCAGCGAUCCAUCAACGAUGCGAUGUUGGCGCGAGAUACCGGGGCGCCCAGCGGCGCGCCGGCGGAUGUGCGUUUGGUAGCAUCUUUGGGCGGGGGUGUUGCGGAGCGGUGCGCGCAUGGCAGCUGUGAUCUGGAGUUGCACGCGUGUUGUCCGCAUUGCCUGCAACAGCUUUGCUGCGAGCACUGGCGCUCAUCGCUUUGUCAUGAGCAUGGCAGCGCCGCGACCUGUCGCUGCGGGGAUUGCAAGCUGGUCGCGAGCGCGCGGACCAACACCUAUGCCAGCAACGCCAAUCAUGAAGAAGCGCUAGACAUCGAGUUGACGCCCACGCAGUCCGCGCAGAGCUUGACAAGUGAGCAGGGAGAGUCGCUUAUGUUGGCGGAGGACGACGGGCAUGAAGAAUAA